AUGGCGAGCGUUUUUGUACGGAAUCUGCCGUUUGGUGUGACGCAAGAAGAGCUUGAGCAUGUGUUUGGUAACAUUGGACCUGUCAAGAAGAUUGAUGUUAUUAAAGACAAGGGAAAACGCAAGAACGAGAGCCUCACACGCGGUUUCGCCUUUGUCAAAUUUGCUGUGGAGAGUGACGCAGCUGUGGCUGUCGAGAAACUCAACAAGACGGAUUUCCAGGGCCGCAAAAUGCUCAUCGACUAUGCAAUGGAGAAAGGAAAACGUCGAGGAGCUGCUGGAUUAGACAAGUUUGUUGCUGAUGAGAAGCAAAAGCAGGAAGUAAAGCAGGAGCCAGAAAACGUGCAGAUGGAGGAAAUAGAGCAAACAGAGCAGGAGAAGACGAAAUUGGAACAAAAGUUGUCAAAGGAAGAACGUCGUGCAGCCAAAGCUGCUGAAAAAGCGAUAAGGGAAGAACGUCGUGUAACUAAAGCUGCCGAAAAGACAGCGAAGACGGAGUCCAAAGUGAAAGAGGAGGCGGACGAAAAGUCUGCUGAGGAUGAGAUACAAGAGAAGACCAAACCAGCCAAGGUUGAAGAGGAAGUCAAGGUCAAGGCCACACCUACGACGGUGGCUAAAGCUCUGACUCAAUCGAGCACUCAGACGAUGACAAAUGCACAGAGCGAGCGCAAUGCGCGCCGUCGGCAGCAUCGUGAGUUCUUGCGCGACGUAGAACGCCGUAAAGAGGAGCAAGCAAGCGUUGAGGAAAAAUCUGUGCUCAUUUUUGGUUUGGGUGCUGGUGUUACCCAGAAGCAUGUGCAUAAGAAAGUAAAAAAGAUUGGCGCUGUGGAGAAGGUUGAACUUAAAGAGGAGGCUCGCACUGGCAAAACUUACGCCUUGGUGCAGUUUAAAAUCACAAAGGACGCGGCGCUGGCUGUGGCUAAGCUGGACCACCACAUUUUCAAGGGUUUAAUGCUGCAAGUGAAGAGUGCAGCUAGAGCUACCGUAGCCGGUGAUAAGGAAACAGCAGGGAAACCGGGUCAUCCGAAACUUGCAUCGGAGGCAGAAGGGUUGCGCCUUAUUGUGCGUAACUUGGCUUUCCAGACUACGGAAGAGGAUUUAGAGAAACUUUUUGAGGUGCAUGGUCCGCUGUUCGAGGCUCGCAUCGUGCGUAUGCCAGUAGAAAAGAUUGAGCAGAACAGUGACGAGACAGAUAAAGAGGCUACUUGUGAACCAGUUCUUGGACGUAGCCGCGGAUUUGGCUUUGUUCAGUACCGCGACGUGGCUGAUGCGCGUGGUGCUGUGGAGAAGCUGAAUGGAACGAAGCUAAAAGGCCGUGAAAUGAUUGUGGAUUUUGCGCUAUCUAAGACGAAGUAUAUCGAACAGCAAAAGAAACAGGAGGAAGAGAUAGUACCUUCCACAGUUUUGGAAAAUGAUGAUGACGAUGAGAAGGAGGCUAACAGCGGUGACGAAGAUGAAGAUCAGCUCGAAAUGGUCACCGAUGACGAGGCGGAUGCUAAAUCGGAUGGUUCGGGGGAUGAUAAAGAAGAGCAUGAGAAAGCUGCUAGCUCGCCUCCUAGAGAGGACACAGAGGCACAACGUGAGCGCACGCUCUUUAUCCGUAACCUGUCUUUCCAAACGACAGAGGACGGACUGCGCGAGUUCUUUGAAACUUUUGGGGCUAUUGAGUAUGCUCGCAUCGUUUAUGAAAAAGGGUCAGGUCUGUCGAAAGGAGUUGGAUUUGUUCGCUUGAAAUCGGCUGAUGUGGCUGCGAAAGUCUUGAAACGCGGUGAACAACCGCAAGUUGACGACAAAAAGAAACACAAGAAGGACAACAGGAAGGACAAUAAGAAGGAAAGUCUUUUUACAUUGUCUGCUCUGGCUAACGGUGGUGACGACGCCCUGAUGCUGGACGGACGUCAGCUUAUCCUGUCACGAGCUGUGUCAAAGACUGAUGCUGAGUGUCUAGCUGAUUCCAACGCUCGUGAGCGUCGCCGUCUGGAUAAGCGUAACUUGUACCUGGCAUACGAAGGCACACUCAACGUGAACAAGACGGCGGAUGCCGAGCUGGAGUUGCCGAAGAUGGACAUUGACAAACGCCGACGCGCCAUCCGCGAGAAGAAGCUGAAGCUGCAGAACCCAAUGUAUUUUGUGUCACCCGUGCGUCUUUCAGUACGUAAUCUGUCCACAACGUUGGAUGAUCGCAAAUUGAAGAAGCUCUUCCAUGAUGCAGCGAGUACUGGUGUGCUUUCCGGUAUUGUGGAUCGCUCAGAAGUAAAGCCAGAGCUGCUGUCCAAAGGUGGGAACCCUUCGGUGAAGGUUCGCAUGGCCAAGGUGGUGCGUGACAUGGAGUCAGCGAAGACUGGUAAGGAUCCGCGGUCGCGCGGCUACGGUUUUGUCGAGUUUUCAGAGCACACGCACGCGUUGGCUGCUCUGCGUGUUUUGAACAACAACCCUAAGUACACGUCGUACGCUGCUGGCCGAGUUGCUACUUCUGGUGCCCCUGAUAGCUCAAAAUCACGUCUUAUCGUGGAAUUUGCGCUAGAAAAUCAUGGCAAGCUAAAGUUGCGUGAGAAGCGUGCUGCUGAUUCUGCCAAGAAGCGUGAAGAAGAGCGUGCACUAAAGGAAGCACAGGGUGAGGACGGCAAAGACGUGGAAACGGCGAAGAAAAGUCGUGGUCAGCGUCAGCGUGAGAACAAGAAACUACGUGCUCUGGCUAAGGUCGAAAGUACGGCUGAAACGGAGGGUGGAAAGACGAAGGCUAAGAAGACAAGUAAGGUGGUCAAGGAAAUAAAGCAGCAGCAGCCGAAGAAGCGGAAACGCGCUGAAAUUUUGAAUAAUGAUGCCGACGAUGAUGCGCUGGCCUCUCUGGAGACGGCCCAUAUCGUGAAGAAGAGCAAGGCGCUGUCUCGCAGCCAGCGAAAGAACACGAAGGAGACCGAGAAGGAGAAGUCGUUUGAGGAGAUGGUGCAAAGUUACAAGAAGGAGAUUUUUGGUGAGAAGCCUGUGGCGAAAGGUAUGUUCAAGGAAGAUGAAAGCAUGAAGGGCGCAAAUCGCUGGUUUGACUGA